GUCCACGGGCUCCUAUGGCGGCGGCUAAGUUAAUAAAACCGCCACAGAUUUCCAUGGCAGCAGAAGAGUUUGUGGAACCAUCACAGGACCAUGUCACCUUUGAGGAUAUCGCUGUGUACUUCUCCCAGGAGGAGUGGGGGCUCCUGGAUGAAGCUCAGAGGUGCCUGUAUCAUGACGUGAUGUUGGAGAACUUUUCACUUGUGGCUUCAGUGGGUUGUUGGUCUGUAAUAGAGGCUGAGGAAGCCCCUUCUGAGCAGACUGUUUCCACAGAAGGAGUGUCACAGGCCAGGAUUUCAGAGCCAGUUGUGUCCAUUCCAAAUGCUUAUCCCUGUGAGAUGUGUAUCCUGGUCUUGAAGGACAUUUUGUACCUUGCCGAGCAUCAGCGAAUACUUCCUGGGCAGAAACCAUACACUUGUGUGGCAUGUGGGAAACAAUUCUCAUUCAGUUCAAACCUGAACCAGAAGCAGCACAGUGGAGAGAAACACAUCGGAACGGAAGAGAACAGAGCCCUGCUUGUGAGGAGUUGCAAAGUCCCAGUGUCAGGCAACUUUUUAACAUGUGAAGGUGUUGAGAAGAGUUCCCUGGCCAGCCUGGGCCUUCUCCAGCACCAUACCAUCCACAACAGAGGGUAUCCACAUAGGAGCAAGGAGACCUUUCACCCUCAGCAAAGGCAUUACAAAUGUAGCAAAUGUGAGCAAGUUUUUGAUGAGAGGAUUCAUGUCAUUGAGCAUCAGAGAGCUCACACUAAAGAAAAAGCUUAUGAGCAUAGUAAGUAUAGCAAAUCCCUGAGCUCCAAAUACUCACUUGUUGAAAAGCAGGGAAGCCAUAAUGGUGAAAAGUCUUAUGUGUGUAACGUAUGUGGGAAGUCAUUUCGCCACAAACAAACACUUGUUGGGCACCAGCAGAGGAUCCACACUGGGGAAAGAUCUUAUGUUUGCAUUGAAUGUGGGAAAUCCUUGAGCUCCAAGUACUCACUUGUUGAACACCAGAGAACCCAUAAUGGAGAAAAACCUUAUGUGUGCAAUAUAUGUGGGAAGUCAUUCCGCCAUAAACAAACAUUUGUUGGGCAUCGGCAAAGAAUUCACAGUGGAGAAAGGCCUUAUGUGUGUAUUGAGUGUGGUAAAUCCUUUAUUCAAUCUUCUGACCACAUUCGCCACCAGAGAAUUCACAGUGGAGAAAGGGCUUAUGCGUGCAGUGAAUGUGGGAAAUCCUUUAUCUAUAAACAGUCACUUCUUGAUCACCAGAGAAUCCACACUGGAGAAAGGCCUUAUGAGUGCAAUGAAUGUGGGAAAGCCUUCAUCCAUAAAAAAAGACUUCUUGAGCACCAAAGAAUUCACACUGGAGAAAAGCCUUAUGUGUGCAUCAAAUGUGGGAGAUCCUUUAUUCGAUCCUCUGACUACAUUCGACACCAGAGAAUUCACACUGGAGAAAGGGCUUAUGAGUGCAGCGAAUGUGGGAAAGCCUUCAUCUCCAAGCAAACACUUCUUAAGCACCACAGAAUCCACACUAGAGAAAAACCUUAUGAAUGCAGUGAAUGUGGGAAAGGUUUUUACCUUCAGGAUAAACUUCUUCAGCACCAAAGAAUCCACAGUAGAGAACAAUCUUAUGAGUGCAGUGAAUGUGGGAAAACCUUCAGCCACAAAAAAAGACUUUUUGAGCACCAGAGAAUCCACACUGGGGAAAAGCCCUGUGAGUGUAAUGAAUGUGGGAAAUGCUUUAGACACCGCACCAGCCUCAUUCAACACCAGAAAGUUCACAGUGGAGAGAGGCCUUAUAACUGCACUGCAUGUGGUAAGUCUUUCAUCUACAAAAACAAACUUAUUGAACAUCAGAGAAUUCACACUGGAGAAAAGCCUUACAAGUGCAGCAAAUGUGGGAAGGCCUUCAACAAAAGGUAUUCUCUAGUCAGACACCAGAAAGUUCAUACAACAGAAAGGCCCUAGCUACUCAUGGGAUAUGCUAUCACCUUGUUCACCAUAACACAUCAGAGAGCAGAUUUUUCGAGAGAUUCAUCAGACAGAAGUUGAACCUUGUUCAUCUGAAGAUCAACAGUUGGAAGAUUCACUAUGAGGUCCAAGUACUGGGGAAGCUUUCUGGAGCUAACUUGCACUUUCUAAUCUUUCCAGCACUGCAACAGGCACUGCCAUCUAAUAUAUCCACAUGGUGUCCCAUCAGUCACUGCAGUGUGCUCAAGGAACCUUUGUGCUUGUCAAACCCUGAAGAGAGUCAUGAAUAAUGUGAGCUUGUUGGGACUGUUUUAAAGUAUACAAAAGACCCAGUUUUCUCCAAGAAGAGCCAUUUGGGUUCUUCUGGUGGCUUUUAGAGGAUUACCUUCUUCACAGAUAUUUUUUUUUUUUCAUGUGAUUGUCCUGGUGGACUUUUUCCUACUCUACAUCACCCAAAGGAAGCAGCCUGUCUCACUGAGUGCUGACGCACUAAUAAACACCUUAUUGUUUAAGCCACCUUUAAUCUUGGAGGUUGUGUGCACUGUGGGGUUGGGUUUAGUUAGAACAGAAUUGUGUUCAGCCAGUCUGGAGGGUGAACAGCUUUUGUGGGGUCCCCAACCUUAUGUGCCCCCAGGGACACAGUGUGACAUCAGAAAAUAAUGCUUGGUCCUUUAUGUCUUAAUUUUCAUUGCUUCCUUAGGCCUCCUAGGAAAGACCACGGAGCUGUGUGGUCCUUAUCAUGUCAUGUGGAUGCUAGAUUUAUUUGUAGGUCCAGAGGUCUCCCUGAGAAGAGGCAUUUAUGACAAACUGAAGUGCUGGGAUCUGUAUGAAUUGUUUCUUCGUUCCCAGUAAUGUCCUAUAUUUUCUGUCACUGUUCAUGGGAGGCUGUUUCCUAGGUCCUUUAAUAUAGGUGUGUGCACUGAAGGACAGAAUGUGGUAGGCAGGUGUCACUGGUUGUAAGACCUACUGGGGCCUGGUAAGAACCAUAUUUGGUCCAGAGACCUAGGUGCGAUAGAGUGAGAAGAUUGCAGCCAGUUACAUACAGUGAAUGCGUUCCAUCUAAAGGUACAUUCAGAAAUGUCUGUUACUGUGGUUUCACAGUUGGGGGGUGUAUAGAAAUUCUCAGGCCCUCCAGGCCUUUGCUUCUCCUGUUGCCAUAGUCUGUCAGCUUAAGUAAUUGGAAAAU